AUGUUCGCGAAGGGUAGCACCCCCAAAGCUUCACGUUCGCGACCUGGUUCUCGCGUUCGCGUAGAAGGAAAUUUCCUUCAGCCUGACUUACCCUUCGCGUUCACUGAUGAAGUGAAACUUUUAGAGGGAACGGUGGAGGAGUUCAAGUCGGAACUGUUGCAAACCAAAGGGUUGGUGAAAAAUGCUAAAGUGGGUGACGAGAGGGUUAUUGAAAUUGUGGAUGAAUUCCAAAAAAUCCUUGUUGAAACUGAAGAUGUAAUCGAUACUUACACUGUUGAUGUCGGAGGAUCAUUAGGUAUCUUAAAAUGCGUAAAUUGUAUCUCUACUGUCUAUGGCCGCCGGAAGUUGGAGUCCCAGCUGGUGUUUAUCAUGGAGCAGAUCCAUUAUUUCAAUGAAAAGUUGGCAAAUUGCUGCAGUGUGAAGAAGGCCCUGAUCCCAGUAGAGAGCAAUCAUACUGAUUCCAAUUGCAGUGAUUACCGUUUUGCUAACCCAUUUAACGAGGAUGUUCUUGUUGGCUUGGAAGAAAAGAAAAGGACGCUGCAAUCCCUUUUCCAAAUACUGGUGACCACUCGUAAUGGAGAUGUGGCAAAGAACAUUGCUGAGAAGGGGGUCUCUUUUGAGAUGAAGAGAUUAUCUGCGGAUGAAUGUUGGGAGGUCCUUUUGAAGAGACAGCCUUCCUUCCUAGAUUUUUUUAAAGCCAACCAAGUUGUGGAAGAAAUCGCCAAGGCUGUGGUCAGCAAGUGCUUUGGCUUACCAUUAGCAGUUGUCUGCGCUGGUAGCGUCUUGGCCAGGGAGCACUCUGUUGCUCAUUGGAAGUCUAGUUGCUUUCUUUAUUUGGGCCUAUUCCCAAAAGGAGUAGACAUAGAAGCAGAAAAGUUAUUCAAUCUCUGGGUAGCUGAGGGCUUUGUAGCAUCAGAAAAUGGAGAAAGUGAAACAACAUUGAUCGACAGAGCAGAGCAUUAUCUGUAUCAAUUGGUAGCCAGAAACUUGAUUUGCAUGCAAGAAGAGGAGGGCAUGGAGAGAGUAGUUCGAAAUUGCCCUAUUAAUGACCUGCUGCGGGAGCACUGCUUAUUGAAGGGAAAGGAAGAGAACGUUUUUCAAGUGCUUCAUCUAGCAUAUGGACCGCGAAAGGAUUCUUAUGGUACAACAAGAAUACUUUCCGUGUUCCUUGACGAGUGUGAAGCUGGAAAUGAUGUUUGCUUGCAGAAGAAAGUAUCCAGUCUAAGAAACUGUUAUGUGAAGGAGUUGCCAUCAUUUAUUGGCGAAUUCUCAAACUUGCGGACUCUUGAUUUACGGGUAAAUGAUGUGAUGAUCAUACCCAAUGUCUUGUGGAAGCUGAAAAAACUUAGGCAUCUGUACCUUCCAUAUUCUUUCAAGUCUGCGGAGUUGAUAAAUUGCGAUUGGAGAGUAUGUUACUGGAGACUGAAGAUUUAUGGUUCGUAUUAUUGUGAUGCCAAACAUCUCUUCAACCUGCACAAUCUUUGCAAUCUUCGCUACCUGGGAGCAUCAGUUACAGAGAUGCGACUUCAUAUUAUUGUGAUGCCAAAGAUCUCCUCAAACUGCACAAUCUUUGCUACCUGGGAGCAUCAGUUACAGAGAGGCAAGGGCGGCUCUAGGGUAAGGUACAGUCAUGAAACAAAUUUUGCAGUUUGGUUGCUAGACUAG